AUGAGGCUCGCGUGGUACGCAGGGGUAUCCACGGCUCUGGCGGCCUCGGUCGUCGUGUCGGCCUUCCAUCAACGAGCGAACUUUUAUUCGGCCAUGGUUUAUUUGGCGCAGAGCAACUUCUGCUUACUGGUCUUGGUCAACUUCAUCUACCUCAUCUACGGCGUUCUAAUCUACGGUCUGCAACGGCUCCUGUACGGCCCGCUGCGACAAGUCGAGGUCGAGCAGCUCUCCGAAAAAGCCUGGUUCGCUAUUACCGAAACAUGUCUUGCGAUGACGAUAUUUCGGGAGGAGAUCGGUGCAUGGUUUCUUGUCAUGUUCACUGCUCUGGUUACAGGCAAGGUCUGGGGCUGGAUCGGUGAUGGCCGUGUUGAAGUUCUCGAGCAGCAACCUCCCGCAAAUCCCGGUCUUUUCCACACUCGACUCAGUAUUUCGCUCUUAUUAAGCCUGUUGUACGAUACCUGGCUCCUUCGAUAUACCGUAACGACCGUCAUCCAACAAGCACGACCAAACAUGAUGGUCAUGUUUCUCUUCGAGUUCGCUGUUCUGGCGACGUGCUCCGCGCGGACAGGAAUCCGCUACAUGGUUUCGAUUGUGGAGCAGAACAUUGUCAAGACGCAAACGAGACACCGACUGGAGGAGAGAAGAAGACAGGUUCGUGAAGAGCGCGAAGAACUUAUCCGCCAGAGAGAGCACGACGGUGGAUCAUCGGGCGAGGAUCAGACUGAUCUGCCCCGUGAGGAGGACAUCGAUGAGAUGGACAUCGAGGUUCCGGGAUGGGAGGCAAAGGGACAAUGGAUUUUGAUCCUUGACCUCAUUGCUGAUUGCGUCAAGCUCGUCAUUUAUUUGGUCUUCUUCGGCAUCCUACUCACGUUCUACGGCCUGCCCAUCCACAUCAUGCGGGACCUUUUUAUGACCGCCAGAUCCGUCAUCAAGAGGGGAUCUGCGCUCUGGCGCUAUCGCAAGGCUGUCGAGGAUAUGAACAAAUAUCCCGACGCUACACAGGAAGAGCUUGCACGAGAAGAUACCUGCAUCAUUUGCCGAGAGGAGAUGCGGCCCUGGGAUCCCAGCAACGGGACUGUCGAGCGUAUACGGCCCAAGAAGCUACCCUGUGGACACAUCCUGCACUUUGGGUGCCUCAAGAGCUGGCUCGAGCGCCAACAAGUUUGCCCUACCUGCCGAAGCCCUGUUGUGGUCAAUGACAAUGCUGCAGCGCCGCAGAACCGGGAUGCCAGGCUCGCCAGAAUCGGUCUUGGCGGACUGGGAGUUGCUGCCGCAGCUCCGGUUGGUCAGCAACAGCCGGCCGACAACGCAGCCGGUCUUGCGCCUGGCCCUCAGCCGGCCCAACAAGCACCUCGCAAUGGAGCGGCUCGCGUAUUCCAGCUAGGUCCCAUUCGUCUCGGGUUCGCCCAGGGAGAGAACAUGCAACAGUUGGCCCAGCAAAUGGGCAUCCCCGCAGAGGCAAUUCCUAUGCCCCUCGCACAAGGAGCCCCUGCCGGCCCCUUCACGCCAGCCGCUCAACCACCAGGCGGCAACAGUAUGCCGGCAAUUCGCCAGCAAAUACAUCAACUUGAACACAUGAUUCAGCGGGAGGUCGCAUCUCUCCAGAGUAUGCAUCAAGAAUUACAGACGCUCCAGCUCCUGACUGCAGAGCUAGGUCGCAUCCGUCAAUUACAACAGCAAUCAGAACAGGCGCAAACUGCGCCCCUGAAUGGGGGACCGGCACCGAAUGCCGUCAACUUGGGACACAACCAGCAAUUUUCUCUUCCCGCGAUGUCCUUGUCUCAGCUUCCAAUCCACCCGGGGUUGCGGGUGAGUGGGCCCGUGGUGACUAGACACGGAGCCGCGAACCACUCAAACGCGAUUCCUGCCGGUAGUCCAGAGCUUCCUGAAGGCGUGGUUAUUCCUCCUGGGUGGUCUCUCUUGCCCCUUCAACGCAUCGAGGGCGCCCCGGGAUCCCAACCGUUUCCCGAGCCGACACCCUCGGUAUCAGGCGAGGUCACGCAUCAGUCAGAGCCGACGGCUGCCGUCGCACAAGAACCGGUUGCUGGUGCUACUCAGUAUUCAGAAUCCAAUCCUGCACAGUCGACUAGCUUCUCGGCCCUUCCCACCGAGCCUGAGCAGCGUCAAGAGCCUGCCGUUUCAGGUCCCAGCAUCACCAUAGCCCAGACCCAGUCUCCACCUGUUCUCGCUCCGAAUCCCGUACUGCCCAACUGGGGCGGGGCGAAUCAGCUCUUCGGCAACGGACCAGGAGUACCGAGCUUGGGCAACAGGGCACCCUCAGAGACAUCGGUUGACGAAGUUCCUAAACAGGAUGAAAGCGCGCCUCACAGCGCGGCCGACAAGUCAACAUCCCCUCCCGCGAGAGAGGGCAACGUGGAGGAGGAUAGUACUAGUGGCAGCAGCAGCAACAAGGGCAAGGCCAGGGCCGUCACGGUCGAGGAAGCCGAUGAUGACGAGUAA